ACUUGAUACUAUCAGCUCCCCGUAACCAUGAAAGACUCAUCAGCUCUCACUCGCCGUAAAAAACCUAAAAUCAAACUCGUCUGCAGCUUCGACGGCGCAUUCACUCUCCGCCGCCCGCCGGCUUAUCUCCGCUACACCGGCGGCGAGACUCGCAUCAUCUCCGUCGACCGUGCUAUCACCUUCUCCCGCCUCUCCGCGAAAAUUUCGGAGCUCAUGAAAUGCCCUAAACAAGCGUUCUAUCUCAAUUACCAGGUGUCGGAUGGCGAGAACGAAGAAAAGCACUCGCCUUUGGCUUUGAUCGCCUCGGACGACGACGUUCGGUGCAUGAUUGAUGUUUUCGAGAAGCUCGAGACUCGAGGUAGGUAUUAUAGGCUUUGGAUAUAUGUGUGUGAUUAUGAUGAAUAUGUUAAUUUGCAAAAAUUGAUGAAAUUGCGGAAUGUUGUGUGUAAUAAGGUUGAUGCAUUUGAUGAUGUGAAAUAUAGUAAUGAUUGUUUGAGAAAAAUUGUGUUGCGGCAGCAAUUGGUUGUGAAACAAUCGGAUUUUAUUGGGAGGAGAUUUCACGAGUUAGGGUUAGGUGGUGAGGAAGGUGAGGUGGAGAGAAGUAGGAUUAAUGAUGAGAAUUUUGUGAACCCUAGGUUUGUUAGGUCGAGUAAGGAUUAUGAAGAGUAUGAAUUUAGUAAAGAUUAUAGCAAGGAGAGUAGGAGUUACGAAGACAAUUGUCAUAGGUUGAAUGUAAAGGAUAGUGAAGAUCAGGAAUGUAAUGGUGAUAGUACUGUGGGAAGGCGGAGUGACGUGGACUUGGUAGAUUCUUUUGGAAGUAGGAGUUUUGCUGAUUCGGUCUCAUUGGCAGUUUUACAUUCUCAGCCAAUGGAUCGAAAGGACAUGGUUGGUUACAAAUAUGAUGACGAUAAUUUCAUGGAAAAUAGAAGUUUUGUUAAUUCGGUCCAGUUGGCAGUUUCUCAUUCUCGGCCGAUGGAUCGAAAGAACAUGGUUGGUUACAAAUAUGAUGACGAUAAUUUUACGGAAAGUAGGAGUUAUGUAGACUCGAUUCCUUUGUCAGCUUCUCAUUCUCAGCCAUUGAUUUCAAAGGACAGAAACUCGGGUGUGGGGAUAAAUGAGUCUGAUUCGGUUUUGGUUAAUGCAGGAAGAAUCGUUAGUUUUAAUUCAAGUGAUUCGAUUGGUACUCUUCACUGCCCUAGGCCAUAUGCGAUGAUGUCUUACCAUGACGGGAAUUGUGAAUCAAGGAGUGCUGAGCCUGCAACGUUAAGUAAUUUGAAUAGAGAAAACCUUGUACCAUGUUCUGCGGAUUCCAUGACAUUAAGGCCUGGUUUAGCCCCUCUGUUUUGUAAUAAUCAGUUGCUUGGAGGUCUUUCAACAACAACUUUCUCAUGUAUUAGUUCUGAUUCUGGCUUUAACAAUAAACACUUCUGUCAAGGCAAUGCUACAAAACAAGGGAUCUAUCAAUCUCAUUCAAGAAGUGAUCCUGGUAAUUUCACAGAGAUAGUGAAUCAUAGGAAGGGUAGAUUCAAUGGGAGGCCUUGGAUGGGAAGAUUUUACCCUAUCCAGUCAAGUUCAGGUAUCUCAAAACAGGGGAAGGUUGUGAAGACAUCUCAUCUGACUCUGUCAAAAUCUUUGUCCGAUUCUAGUAGCCAACAAGUGGAAUGUAAUGCAAGAGCAUCACUGUGCAUCCUGAAUAACCUUACUUCUUCAUUUGCUUUCCCUUCUGCUAGUGAAGGAAACAUAGGUGAGCAUGUUUCUGGUGUUUCACAAGACGGAAACACAAAUCCCGAGUUUCUGUUUUGUUUUCAUGACCCACUAUCAGGAAUAGCUGAUCAAUCCUUCUCUUCACUGGUUAAUGCUGAGGAGUUUCCACAAUGCACAGAGGGGUUGGACACUCAGAUUGAUUUCUUGAGUGAUUGUGUUCCCAAGCAACACAGUGCUGCUAAGCACCAGGAUGCUUCCAACAUUUCAAGAUCUCCGAAGAAGGCAGACGUGGGAUGCAAUGCCAAGCUUUUGGAGAUAGGAGCAGUUUGUGAGUCUUAUAGCAAAAAUCAAACUAGUGCUCUGAUAAAACAAGAAAGUGUCAAUUUAUCUUCGCAUAAUCUCUCCUUGUUGUCCCUGGAUGAUUUGAAGUCACCAACAAAUGCUGCAAGUAGUUUUAUUCCUGACACAACGGUAAAACCUCAGAUAUUGGGUUCACACUUGAUGGGUCCAGAUCACUUCGGCACAGAUGCUCAAGUUCCAGUUUUAAAUAAGAAAGAGGGCGUGCUUCAGCAAGAUGUUGAAUCCACUUUAAGCGUUAGAGAUAAGGAGGAAAUAAAGAAGACAUGUGAUGAGUCUAAAGUGAAUGGUGAGAUACCUCCUGAAAUUACCUCUGUUUAUAAUCAUCUGGCUAUUGGAGAGCUUCAGGCCAUUAAGAAUUCAGACCUUGAAUAUAUUAGAGAACUUGGCUCUGGUACAUAUGGGACUGUUUAUUAUGGAAAAUGGAAGGGGUCUGAUGUUGCCAUUAAAAAGUUGAAGCCUGGUUGCUUCGAUGGAGGUGCAGUGGAGGAGAAUCGAUUGAUUGCAGAUUUCUGGAAGGAAGCCCAUAUAUUAGGCCAACUUCGUCAUCCAAAUAUUGUGGCCUUGUAUGGUGUAGUGGCAGAUGGACCUGCUACAAAUUUGGCAACAGUGACAGAGUUCAUGAUCAAUGGUUCCCUUAAACAAGUAUUCCGCAGAAAAGAUAGAACGAUUGAUCGCCGAAAAAGGCUGAUUUUAGCAAUGGAUACAGCCUUUGGGAUGGAAUACUUGCAUGAAAAGAACAUUGUACACUUUGAUUUGAAGUCACAUAAUCUUCUUGUCAACAUGAGGGAUCCUCGGAGACCAGUGUGCAAGAUUGGUGAUCUAGGCUUGUCAAAGAUCAAGCAAAAGACUCUUGUUUCUGGUGGGGUUCGAGGAACUGUACCAUGGAUGGCUCCAGAAUUACUAAGCUGUAAAAGCUUAGUGACUGAGAAGGUCGAUGUUUACUCAUUUGGAAUCGUGAUGUGGGAACUCCUGACAGGGGAGGAGCCUUACUCGAAGAUGCGGUCUCAUGAAAUCAUAGCUGGUAUAAUAAAAGGUACUCUGCGACCUGAAACUCCAGCCUGGUGUGAUCCAGCAUGGAGGUCACUGAUGGAGAAGUGUUGGUCGACAGAUCCAGCCAACAGGCCAGCCUUUUCAGAAAUAGCGAAGGAGCUACGGACCAUGGCAACAGCUAUGAAUAUUAAGUAACUGUAUGUAUCUGAGUCCGUCGAGGAGAUAUCUGGUUGAUGAUAUAGAAAACUUACCAAUCUUCAAUAGUGCAUGCAGCUGUUCCCAACUUCCCAUGUAUUAUAUAUGUAUUACAAAUGAAUGAAGGUGGUGUAUGUACACAACUACACAUGAAUGAAGUUUUUGUCACGAGAAACAUGUGCAAGAUCAUUUAACAAGUAAUCCGCUUUUUAUUGGCUUUACGGGGCUAGGACUGGUCAAUUGUCUGUUGUUCAGGGACUAGUAUUAUCAUGAUUUGCCACAACUCUGUUCCAUAAUUGCCUUAUUUGGUUUCAGCUGGAAGCUUAAUUUUGCUGCAUCAUCUAUCAUUGCCCUUUUUGGUUUCAAUUAGAAUGCUGCAUCAAAAUUGUGAAAAAAUAGAAAAAAGAUAACUACAUUAACCAAGUCACUUUAAAUGAAAAGGGGUGCCAUAUAAAACAAGUCUAUGGACAUGUUUGGCAACCUCUUCUUGCGGG